AUGGUGCAGUACUUUACAGUGCCCCUCCCAUUCCUGCAGGAUUCCGGUCAUUCCUGCGGAUUCCGGUGGAUUCCGGAGGAAUGGGACCGGAAUCCGCCGGAAUCCACAGGAAUCCACAGGAAUCCGCAGGAAUGGGACCGGAAUCCGCAGGAAUGGGACCGGAAUCCGCAGGAAUGGGACUGGAAUAGAAGCGAUGCCUUCAUUUUCGGCCCAGCUCCUGUCUUCGUCUACACUCAAGAGAGGACAACACCACGCCCACCACCUUCGACCGAAUUGUUGGACUUGGAUCCAAACUCCCCACGUGCAAGGGGUUUAUGUCGCAAGUACAAUAUCAAGGUUGUGUCUGAUGACAGCAUUGGUGAUCGCACGGGCGUGGUAGCCGAGGUCGUUCAGGCAAUUGGCAAAGUGUGGGAAAGAGCUAUGGACCCCGAGGCUUCAUCCGACCCUUCGAUUAGGAAUUUGCAGGCCGCCUUUGAUAAAUUGUUGACGAGGGGAGAUGAGUUUACCAAGAUGGAUCGUAUGGACCUGGUUCGUCAUAGCGAAAUUCACCAGGAGGUGCUCAGAUCCCUGCCUGACAGCAUAGCGACAACGAGCCAUUAUCGGUAUGUUUUGGCCACCUUGAGGAGGGAGAAGGACCGGUUGCGUGAACAAAUCGAUUCAGACCGUGAUCUGGUUGCAGCAAUGGACGCUACUUUAGAAGGACUACGGCCAUUCAUCCCAGACGAGAUCCCAGACAAGGGGAAGGGGAGGGACAAAAGGGAUGGACCAGGGUUUAAGUAG